AUGUACAAAAAUAUAAAUCAUGUAUCAGUGAGACAUAAAUCAUCAAAUUUGAAAAAGCAUUUGCAAAAAGUUUAUAACGACCCAUUCAAUGAUAAGAAAAGGGGUGAAUUUUACAGAUCUCGAGCUGCUUUCAAAUUAUUGGAAAUCAAUAAAAAAUGCAAACUAUUUAAUAAUAACACCAAAAAUGUAGUUGAUUUGGGAUUUGCACCAGGAGCUUGGACACAAGUUGCAGUAAACGCUUUUGAACAUCAAAAUUUACCUUAUAAAAUUCUUGGAGUUGAUAUUAAUCAAGCUACUCCUUACAAAGGUUGCAAGUAUAUUCAAGGUGAUAUCACCAAAAAAACCACACAUGAUCUAAUUGAAAUAUUCUUUGAAGGUGAAAAACUUGAUUUAAUAAUGAGUGACAUGAUGGUUAAUUGUACUGGGGUCGAUCAUUAUGAUCAUAUCGGAAAUAUGGAGUUAUGCAAUGCAGCCAUAAUUUUGGCUUUCAAUCAAUUAAAAACUGGAGGAAAUUUAGUUAUGAAAGUGUGGACUGGAUCUGAAAUUAAAACAUUGGAGGACAGAAUGAAAAUUUUAUUUACCAAACUCGUUCGAAUGAAACCAGACGCAAGUAGAUCAGAGUCAAGUGAAUUUUAUUUCAUUGGAUUGAAAAAGAAAAAUUUGAAUUUAACUUUACAAGAUCUAUUUAAAUAUAGGGGUUAA